UGGCAUCACUAGCCAAUACAAGAAAGCGCGCGCCCUGGCAGCGACGAUCACCUCGCGCUACCGCACUCAUCACUCAUCAGAGCUCCACCAACCCACCACAAAACUGCCACUCUGCCAGUGCCAACCUAUCGGAACGGCAGCUCGCCGCCCCACCAACCCAAACCGGUGUCCCGGCAGAGUGCACACACCUCGCCGGCUCGCCGGUGCUCACAGCCGCGGUGGCGAUUGAUCGAUCACAUCGCCGGCGACGAACACGACGAUGGGGCGGAAGAGAGCGGUGCUGGUGGGCAUCAACUACGCCGGCACGGAGGGGGAGCUGAAGGGCUGCCUCAACGACGUGGCCCGCAUGCGGCGCUGCCUCGUCGACCGCUUCGGCUUCGACGAGGCCGACAUCCGCGUCCUCGCCGACGCCGACCCGUCCACGCCGCAGCCCACGGGUGCCAACAUCCGGCUCGAGCUCGAGCGGCUCGUCGGCGACGCGCGGCCCGGGGACACCCUCUUCUUCCACUACAGUGGCCACGGCUUGCAGCUGCCGAUCGAGACCGGCGGUGACGACGACGACACCGGCUACGACGAGUGCAUCGUGCCCUGCGACAUGAACCUGAUCAAAGACCAAGAUUUCACGGAGCUCGUGCAGAAAGUCCCGGAUGGCUGCCUGUUCACCAUGGUCUCCGACUCGUGCCACAGCGGCGGGCUCAUCGACAAGACCAAGGAGCAGAUAGGGAGCAGCACGAAGCAGAGCAAGAUCCAGCAACGGGAGAGAGAGUUGCGCCGGCAGCAAGCUCCCUCUCCCGGCACGUGCUCGUGCGCCUCCCUCCUGCAGAUCGCGCUGCGCCAUCUUCCUCGCCGCGGUGGCCAACGGAUCAUCGGUAGCCGCAGCCGCGAUGGCGUGGGAGAGGAUCAACCACCACGCUCGCAGGCAGAGCUGCUGGCCGCCGACGCGACGCGCGCCGGCAUCAAGAACCGGUCGCUGCCGCUCUCGACGUUCGUGGAGAUGCUCAGGGAGAGGACCGGGAAGGACGACGUCGGCGUGGGCUCGAUCCGGACGACGCUGUUCCACCACUUCGGCGACGACGCGAGCCCCAAGAUCAGGCGGCUCGUGAAUGCCAUGCUGGGUCGCAGACACGGCAGCGCCACGGCGAGCGAGGAGCACCCGGAUAAAGCUAAGCCAGAGCGCGUCGACGGCGAGGGCGAGGCGGCGGCGGCGAAGCAAGGGGCGCCGGAGACGAGGCCGUUGCCGCGCAACGGCGUGCUGAUCAGCGGGUGCCAAACCGACGAGACCUCGGCGGACGCCACCACACCGGAGGGCGUGUCGUACGGCGCGCUCAGCGACGCCAUCCAGAGCGUCCUCGCCGAGGAGCGCCGCGGGAAGGUGACCAACAUGGAGCUCGUGCGGAGAGCGCGGGAGCUGCUCGCCAAGCAAGGGUACACUCAGCAGCCUGGACUUUACUGCCGCGACAAGCACGCCAACGUGGCUUUCAUAUGCUAAAAACUUCAUCUCGUGUCAUCUUUAUGCGAUAAAUUUUAUUUCCCCGUGUUAUUUAGUAUCUCUUGGUGCCUUUUUUUUU